AUGGCGCCCGCCAAGAUCAUUGACACCGUCCUUUCCAGUUCUGCCUCGUUUUCAAACUUGACCAGCAAUGGCAAUGGCGUUUCCAAGUCGGUCGAGACGAGCUCCGGCACCGCCGCUGCAGAAUGCGCCGUGGGAACCAAAACCUGCCUCGAAUACGACGAGCAAUAUGUGACGCGAGGGAUCCCGCCCCUGCCUGUGGUCCUCUCUAAAGCCGAAGGAGCGCGUCUUUGGGAUCCGGAGGGGAAAGAAUACAUUGACUUUUUGGCCGGGUUCUCGGUGGUCAACCAGGGACAUUGCCAUCCUCGGAUCACUCGAGCUAUGAUAGAUCAAUGCCAGAAGAUUACGCUGGCCGGCCGUGCCUACCACAACGACCAGUACCCGGUGCUGUGCAAGAAGGUUUGCGAUAUGUUCGGCUACGACAUGGCCUCGUCCAUGAACUCGGGAUCCGAGGCUAUUGACCUGGCAAUCAAGAUCGCGAGGAAAUGGGGCUAUACGGUGAAGGGCAUCAAGCCCAACGAAGCGUUGGUCUUGACUUGCACGGGAAACUACCACGGAAAGACGCUGAGCCCUCUUUCCGCCUCCGACGACCCAGACAUUAGAAAUGGCUAUGGACCGUUCAUGCCCGGGGUCGGACCAUUCUGCGCCAGCCGUCCGGUCCGCUUCAACCACAUCGAAGACCUCGAGGCCGUGAUGGAGGCCGACGGGCCGAGACUUGCCGCCUUUCUGGUCGAAUGCGUCCAAGGGUACGCUGGAUGUAAGGUUGCCACGGAUGGCUACAUCAAGGCCGCCCGGGAUCUCUGCCAGAAACACAACGUUUUGUUCAUCGCCGACGAAAUUCAAUGUGGGCUUGGUAGGACCGGUCACUUGAUGGCCUACGAGAGGGAGGGAAUCAAGCCUGAUAUGGUGGUGCUCGGAAAGGCCUUGACGGGAGGCUUCUACCCGAUGGGCAUGGUCUUGGGAAUGAGGGAAACCAUGAGCCAAUUGCUUACAGGAGAAAAUAGUUCCACCUUUGCCGGUAGCCCGCUCGGCAGUGCCGUUGCGAUGGCAGCCUUGGAUGUUCUGGUUGACGAAAAGCUGGCGGAGCGAGCGGCGAGAUUAGGACCCCUGGUCUGGGAGCGACUGGAAAGAAUCAAAUCCCCGGCUCUCCUGGGCUUCAGCGGCCGCGGUCUUUUCUACGCCGUCUAUCUCGACCACUCGCACCCCUCAGGUCGCGUCACGGCCAGGCGGCUUGCUCUGCUUCUCAAGCAGCGCGGCCUGCUCGCGUAUUCGGCUGCAAAUCGCCUUCGUGUUGCGCCACCCUUGAUGAUCCCGGAGAAGGAUCUUUGGAAAGGAAUCGAUAUCAUCGAGACCGCUCUGAACGAUUUGGUUGAUAUUGAGGACCACAUCGACGGAGAGGACUGA